AUGAAAUUCUUAAUAAUUUGUACCCUACUAUGGGUAUCCGCCCAAGGACAAUAUGUCUACGAGCCACCAAAUCAAACCGAGGAUUUACAAACUGUGCAACGUUACGAUCAGACACCAACUGCAGGUUUUUAUGACAUCUUCAAUGGCUUUCAAAUUGACUUUGUUGACGGUAGUUUUGGCAAAGCUAAACCCCAACGCAAUAACUGCAAAUCUAAAUGCUUCUGUGGUGCACCAAAUGGCAAUCGCAUUGUUGGCGGCACACAGGUGCGCCAAAACAAAUAUCCCUGGACAGCCCAACUGUUAAAAGGUCGCCAUUAUUUGCGUCUCUUCUGCGGUGGCUCGUUGAUUAAUGAUCGUUAUGUGUUGACUGCUGCCCAUUGUGUCUACGGUAAUCGUGAACAGAUAACAAUACGCUUAUUGCAAUUGGACAGAUCAUCUCGGGAUCCUGGCAUUACCAGAAAGGUUGUCCGCACCAUGAUCCAUCCCCAAUAUAACCCCAACACAAUUGCCAAUGAUGUUGCCUUGUUGAAAUUGGAAUCACCUGUUCAAUUCAACGAUAAGAUUCGUCCCGUAUGUUUGCCAACUGCCAAUCAAAAUUUCGAUGGUAAAAAUGCCGUUGUUGCCGGUUGGGGUCUAUUGAAGGAGGGUGGUACCACCUCCAACUAUUUGCAGGAAGCUACAGUUCCAAUUAUUUCAAAUCAAGAAUGUCGUCGCACCAGAUAUAAGAAUAAAAUUCAAGAUGUUAUGCUAUGCGCUGGUUUGGUUCAGACCGGUGGUAAGGAUGCCUGCCAGGGUGACAGUGGUGGUCCAUUGAUUGUCAAUGAGGGUCGCUAUAAAUUGGCUGGUGUUGUUUCCUUUGGUUAUGGUUGCGCUCAAGCCAAUGCUCCUGGCGUUUAUGCUCGUGUUACCAAAUUCUUGAGCUGGAUCGAAUCGAACACCAAGGAUGGUUGUUACUGCAGCGAUUAAUUUGCAUA